AUGAUUAAAUAUUUUUGUAACCAAAUUACCUGGAAUCGUACCAAAGGAUAUGAGACCAGGAAGAAAUUUAUCAAUUUCUUAAUAUAUGUUUGUUUAGCUGUAUAUGUUCUUGGUUUUUUAAAUGUAUUUCUAAAUAAUUGGUACGAAUAUAAUGGCUUGGUAUCUAUAAAAUCUUGUAACGAAUGUUCGAGAAAUUUAGCUGAAGUAAAAAGUCCUAAUAAUAAAAAAUUAAAAAAGGGCUUUUUCAAAAAUGAAAAAAAAUCUAAAAAGAAAAAUAAAGUAAAUAAGGAAGAUUAUUUAGCUGAAGUAAAAAGUCCUAAUAAUAAAAAAUUAAAAAAGGGCUUUUUCAAAAAUGAAAAAAAAUCUAAAAAGAAAAAUAAAGUAAAUAAGGAAGAUAAUAAUGAACAAAAUACUGUUGAAUCCAAAAGUUGUUGUAAUGGUAAUUCUGAAUCUAAUCAAGUGGAAAAUGAAAAUGAUGAUUCUACAAAUUAUCUAAAUUACCAAGAUUUAUCAGUACAGUUGACAAAAGAGCAAUUAUAUCAUGUACUAAAUUCACUUACUAAAGUACCAAAAAAAGAAAAUCUAAUUAAUUUAUGGAGUCAGGCACUUGGGGUAAAUAAAGAAGGAUUAGAUGAUUUAUUAAAAGAUUUGUUAACAUAUUUUCCAAAGAAUAAAAUUACCGAUGGUUUUGCAUUUAGAAAAUUUCAUAUGCUAGAUGAUCCUCAUUUAGAGAUGUGGUAUAAAUUUUUGAAAUUUUUUGCAGAAGCUACAUCAAAUGAAAAAGAUUUUACUAGUAAAUUUUAUGGCUUAAUCAAUAGGAAACCAUCAAUUGAUGAUAUAAGAAAUAAUAUAUUUUCCUUUUUAGAAGAAUAUCAAAAGACGUAUACUGAAAUAUAUAAUAAAUGUAAAAAGGAGGCAAUUGCCUUGAAAAAUAAUAAUAUAUAA